UUCUGGGAGUUCUAUUCCUAGGGCUGGGAAGGGCCGCUUCUCGCGUCCUCCCAGGUCGACGCCGGGGUCUUGGGCAUCUGGUCGGGAGCUUGGGUUUUCCUGGGGCCCGGGAUGGGGAGGGAGCUGAGGCCGGGAUUCCUUUCCUCGUGUCUGGAAUGCCAGAGCCCAAGGGGUACCUUCUUCGAUAAAUGCUGGGGAAGUUCCGGUCUCAAAGGCGGCCGCCUCUGUGACGUCAAAGCGCGAUGGGCGGGGACUCCCUUUGUUGCGGUCCAAUCAGAUUCGGCGUGUGGCUUCUGGGCGGGGCCAGGGAAGCCCCCCGGAGUGUUGUCCCUUGGGAGUUCGGGGCUCCAAAUAGGAAGUUAGAAGACGGAGGCUGGGUGUGUGGGGGGCGGGGGAGUACCUUGCGGAUAGGGGCGAACCGUGUCAAAUGCUCUCUAUGCCACGCAACCAACCUCACCCUCGCCCCUAACAAACUCUUUAGCUGUAGUAAUGGGAAAAUAUUAGAGUGGAAGGAAGGUCCUCCUCUCUCAAAGCCCUCGGAACCUGGAGUCGGCUCUUCAGCGAACCUUAGUGUUUUGAGAGCACAAGACUCGAGUCCAGAUCCGGGCCGUGGCUGAUGAGGGUGCAUCGGGACUCCUCCUUUUCCUAACGAGAAGUGUGCGUCCUGCAGAUUGGGGGUGGGGUGGGGUCCAUUAGUCUCGUUGAGGGCUCACCUCCUCCUCCGGGAGAGAGAGGACUUUUCCCGGAGGCCGGCGUGGGUUGGACGCUCUGACCUCCAAUGGGGCCGCGGUUUCCCCUCCUGGUGGCCGCGCUGGGCAGCUGCCUGCUUCCUGCCCUCGGUUGUCUCAUAUGUGAUAAAAGGGUCGUGGAUGCGCUAAAAAAGAUGGAGACGGAUUACCUGCCUGAUCACCUGGACGCUCAGUAUCACAAAGACUUGAUUGAAAAGCUAUCGAAUGGCAUGAAGGAGUUCGAGAACCUGCAGCUUGAGGAUGAGAGCUUUUUGGGGGUCAUUGAUGAUUCCACACUGGAAAAGGGAACCAUGAGUUUUCUGAAGCAACUGAAACGCAUCAUGGACAGUGACGUAAAAGGUGAGCUCUUCGUGAAGGAGCUGUUCUGGAUGCUGAAAAACGAAAAGGAGAUCUUGUCCAGACACGUUUCUGUGUUCCAACAAGAUGUCCUCUGUCCCAACAAAUGUGGCAUGAUGUUGCAGUCCAUGAUCUGGUGCUCCACCUGCGAGAAGAAGCUUCACGCCUGUCGGAAGAAAGCGGACUGCGGGGAGCGCAAAGUCAAGGUCCAUGAAACGGAAGACAUGAUCCUGGACUGUGAGCUCAAUUGGCAUCACAUCUCCGAAGGCCUGACUGACUACAGCUUUUUCAGGGUUUGGAAGAACAAAACGGAGAGUUUGGUGUACAAGGGGACGGCGCCCACCCUGACCAAGCCCAACGUGAAGGCCUCGGACGCGGGCGCCUACCGCUGCCAGCUGAACACCGUGAAUGACCUCCCGGCCACCAUCAUCCAUUAUCAAGUCAGAGUGUUGCCCCCAAGGGUAGAGGAAGAGACACCGUCCACCGUCGCCCCCAAACCGGAGGACCUGGACGUGGCCCUGGACGAGGUGACGUGGGCUCCCAACAGGUCGUCCACGACCCCCCGGCCGCCGCCGCCGCCCUCCGCGGCGCCCGCCCCCACGGUGGAGAGCAUGCUGAGGAGCCUCCUGGUCGGGCUGCUGAUCUGGGGCUUUGUGGUGCUGAUAGCCAGCAUCGUCAUCUUGAUGCUCUGCUAUUGGUCUGAGAAGAGUCCUGGCUACUUCAUCGACUCCAUCAAGACCUGGCUCAGCACUGCCCCGGAGGCGGCUCAGAUCCCCGACGCUCCAGAGAAAAAGGCCAAGAAAUCCAGGAGCAAAUAAAAGAUUUAUUUGAUUGUUUUAAGUGUCUGACGCACCCGUGCAUGCCGAUCUCAGCUCUUGGUUUCCCCCCGGAGAGCAGAGGUCUGGGGACAAGCCUC